ACAACCGCCACUACAAUGCUCUUCUCCUCCUCACUCUCUCCCCAAAACCUCCUCUCCACCGCCACCGCCUCCGCCCCCGCCGCCGCCUCCGCCUCCGCCUCCGCCUCCGCCACCGCCGCCUCCGGCAACCUCCUCCUCUUCUGCUUCCUGACCUCCCCGGCCCCCAAGCCCCACGCCUCCGCCUGCAAAUGCCGCUCCCUCUCCCCGAGCUCGCCCUCCCCCAGGCCCGUCCCCCUCGCCGGCGCCGGCGCCGCCCCGCCCCCGGCUCCGGAUCCCUCCGCCGCGUGGCCCACGGCGCCCCCGCCCGGCGACGCGGAGCGGCCGCUCCUGCCCUCCGCCUCCGCCGUCGCGUCCGCCAUCCGCAGGGCCUCGAGCUCGCCGGUGGAGUUCGCGCAGCGGGUGGAGCAGGACCAGAGGGGCGGCCUGGUGCUCCCGAGCCCCGACUUCCAGCGGCUCUGCCUCGAGCAGCUCGACCUCUUCCGCCGGAUCGUCCAUCCCGAUGCUCUCCUCUCGGUCUAUGUGAGGCCGGCUGGUAGUUAUGUGAUGGACCGCCUAGAGCUGCGCCGCGUCGCUGCUCAUCCGGAAUCCAACGCGAAUGAGUCUGACAUUGUUAUUUUGGUUGGAAAUUUCAACGUUGCAACUGGAUUGCGCGUUGCUGAAGCCGCACUUUCUAACCAACAAGUUGAAGAGAUACCGGAGUCUCGGGCGGUGGUAUUUCCGAUGGUGAAGCACCCUUUUGUAGUCGGAUUCUUGGUUGCCGAGUUUCCUAUGAUGGAAGAGCAGGAUACUUUGCAUUCGCUAUCUCCGGAGGACGUGUAUGCAUUGCCGCCUUUGGGACAUGAAUUGAAAAUGAGGGAUACUCCGAGUGUAAAGGAUAUGAAGGUCGGAAUGCGCCAGUUGAGCCCUGAGCAGAGAUCAAUUGCUGUCAACAUCUCCCGUUCUAUUGCAAUGGCCUAUGUCAUGGAUCAGAAGGCAAUGUUGCUCCAGCAAUCUUCCUGGCAAAAUAACGUCCGGAUGAGCAACUUAGUGGAGCAGAUUCGUGGUCCUCUGUCGAGCAUUCGAAGUUUGACAAAAAUGCUGUCUCUGCACAUGAAACGAAGUGAGAUUUCCCAUGACAUUGUUGAAGACAUCUUGGUGCAAGGUGAUCGAAUGCGAGAUACUCUUCAACAACUUCAGGAUGCAGUAUACUUUACAAAGGCUAACAUAAUGCGGUACAAUGAAGAAACAUUAAAGAAAGUGCACAACUCAACCUAUGCCCAUCCUGGUUCUGGAAGGUCUCAAUUGACUGAUAAUAUUCAAAGCAAAUUUUCAAAAGGUGAUCAGUUCUCUCAGAAUUCUGCUGUGAAAGAUUUAGAGUUGCCAACGCCACCUCUUGCUCUUGCACCUCUUCAACAACAUGGAAUCAGACCGUGCAAUGUUUCUGAUGUGCUCUCGGACCUCGUUGGUGCCAUAAGACCUCUUGCCCGUAAUCAGCAACGUGUGGUAGAGCUAAGUGAACUUUCACAACCCUUGCAAGUUGCCAUAGAAGAACCUGCUUUCCGCCAGGCUCUGAGCAACUUGAUCGAGGGUGCAUUGUUGCGUACGCAUGUUGGGGGAAAGGUUGAAAUAGUGUUAACAGGAGCACCAGCAGGUGGUGCUCUCGUGGUAAUUGAUGAUGAUGGGCCCGAUAUGCAUUACAUGACACAAAUGCACUCACUGACACCAUUUGGGUCAGAUCUUUUCUCCAAAGAUAUGGUUGAAGACAACAUGACAUGGAACUUUGUAGCGGGGCUCACCGUUGCUCGUGAGAUACUCGAGAGCUACGGCUGUGUGGUCCGCGUGAUAUCACCACGGACCCCAGAUGCUGCCCUUGGUGCUGGUGGAACUCGCAUUGAGCUAUGGCUUCCCUCUUUUGCAUCUGUAUCCCAUCCAGAAAGCCCUGCGCAGGAAGUUUAGCAAGAAUGAAUCGGUCUCUCUCAAUAUUAGUAACCGAUAUGGCAGGUUUCGCCUUUCAACUACUUCCCACUUCUGAAAUACGUGGGAGGUCCUGUACAGAGGGUUUUAGUCUUGUUCUGAUAUAGGCCGUGACAAACUUGCAUAAUAAACAUGCUAUGUAGGAGAUUCACAGCUCUCCGAUCAAUCAGAAACCCAUAGAUCAUACAGCAUACGUGGUAGAUAGUGAUGUGAAAUUCAAAGAAGGUGAUGUAUUGAGCAAGUUUACGUCUGUACCAGUUCUGCGAAACUAGAAAGUCGAAAUCGCUCUGCCACCAUUGUUAUCUAUCGAGGUGGUCGAAGCUUGGUUGUCGGUUGUCAUGAUGUGAGAACUACUAAUAUUAAAGAAGGGCAGGUUGUGGUAUUGGCUUUUGAAUGAA